AUGGUGUCCUCCGCCAUCCUUAUCUUCCUCCUCCUCAUCGUUGUCGGAAGUGGUGGCAGAGCUGAGAGAUGCGAAGAUAGAAACUGCUACGCAUUCGACACAACCAACUACCGCAACUCCCCCUUCCUCACGAACCGACGACUCUUCGCAAUGACCGACAGCGGCAUCCCCGAUGGCAUUAAAUUUGAUCUAGAAGGGAAUGUGUAUAGCGGGUGUGGCGACGGGAUUCAUGUGUGGUCGCCCGGUGGGGUGCUGCUUGGACGAAUCCUGGUGGAUGGGGGCGUGGCGAACUUUUGUUUUGGGAGAGAGGGAGAGAUUUUCGCGUUGAAUGAGCAUCGGGUUUGGAGGCCUGAUUCGCCGUCCGAUUUUGAGCCUGAUGCUAUUCCCGAGUCCCCGCCGACGAUGCCAAGCCAUCAAAAUACGAUACUAAGCCUCUAUGACGCGCUGUCAAGCCUUCCUGACGCUAUUCCCGAGUCCUCGCCGCCGAUAUCAAGCCUCCAUACCUUCCCGCUACCCCCUCUCGAUCAACAGUACGAUACGCCAGAGCAAGGAAUUACUGCAAUCAAUGCUUUCGCCCGUCCUCAUGGUUACGCAGUCUCGAUUCUUCGGUCGAAGCGUACAAAAAAAGGAGUCAUAAAGACAGUCCGGUUAUGCUGUAAUCGAGGACGGGCGUAUCGAGAUCGGACUGCCGGUAAUAAGCGCCAGCGGCAGUCAAAUACGCUCGCGAUUGAGUGCCAAUUCUCGAUCUCCCUACGGCUACAAGAGAGCAAUACCUGGCGUCUUACAGUAGAGAAUUCUACCCAUAACCAUGAAGCCUCGCCGGUAUCAACCCAUGUAGCCCAUCGCAUCGCGGAAGUAUCCAAUAAAGCGGAAGACAUUCGGAAGCAGCUUGAUCAGGGUCUUUUAACUCGCCAUAUCCUUACUGCACUUCGAAAGGAGGAUCGAGACUCAUCUAUUACCGCCCAAGACAUCUAUAACCUACGGAGAAGGUUUUAUACAGAGUUCCUUGCCGGCCGUACGCCUCUUCAAGCUCUAUUGAUAGAGCUUCCGCGCGAUGGCGAAUGGAUCUUCAAGCAUAAAAUAGACGAUAAGAACUAUGUAACAGCCUUAUUCUGUUAUUUCAAUGGAUUCUUUUAUGUCGGCUUCGCCUUCAUGAAAGAUGAGAAGGAAGAUAGCUAUCAAGUUAUUCUAAGCUGUCUUGCUGAAGCAUUCGAAUCCCUUAGCCUUGAGCUACCCCAGACGAUCCUCAUGGAUAAGGAAGAAGCACUGAUAAAUGCUAUUAAGCUUAAGGAGUGGCUGGAUAGCUGUCCUAUGUACUUUCUCCAUGAAUACACGUCAAAAUACCUUCAUCUCAAUAAAAUCGCGACCUCUCGGACCGAAGGAGCUCACUGGCUGCUUAAACAGGACCUUCAAGUCUCUACUAAUGAUCUACUGGUUGUUUUCCGCACCUUUGAGAAUGCUGUAAAUCUUCAAUUCAAAAAGCUCACCGACGCGAUCGAGAGUGAUAAGAUAAAAAGGCCUACUAAUACUCGCUGGAAGCAGCUCUUUAAGCUUGUUUUUGGACGGGUUUCGGUUAAGGCUAUUGAACAUACGAAGAAUGUCUACAACCGUUUCUUACCGGAAGCUGAAGAUAAGCAACCGAUUCCUCUAUUAUGUACCUGCAAUUCGAAGAAUACGGCAGGGUUUCCAUGCAUUCAUCUUAUUAUGCAGUACGAAGAAGAGGAAAAGAGCUUUGAGCUUAAGUUAUUUUAUCAACAUUGGCAUUUGUACAGUGUAUUUGUACCUCCUAUUAACCCGCUAUUCCUACUCCAGGAUCCUCUCCAAGUGCGCCGGCGAGGGCGCCCCCGAGGCGCUAGGAACUUCAUCGGCGGCAGCGAAAACAUUCAAGCAAGUACCCAAGAUACCUCUACCCAGCGAGACCCUUCCGGCUUCGAGCUCAUGCUAUCUCAGGAAGGUGGUCGUGGCCGUGGGCGCGGCCGAGGACGUGAAGGGACACAACAGGCAUCGCAGGGGGUGAGAAUAGCUUCAUCUACGGCCCAGAAAGCUCAACAAGCUUCUCAGGAAGGUGGACGGGGCCGUGGGCGCGGCCGAGGACGUAAAAGGACACUACAGGCAUCGCAGGGGGCGGGAAUAGCUUCAUGUACGGUCCAGCGCGAGGAUUCCUGGCCCGACCGCCUCAGGAAACGUCGGGGAGCUCCAUAA